AUGGGGCCCGCGUGGGUUCUUGCAGUGAUUCUGGGAGUGCUGCUGGAGCUACCUCUGGUCCCUGGCACUGAGGGAGGGCAGAAGCCCCCAGCCCCACGGCAGUUCCUGGCCCAGUGGACCUACGAGUGCCGCUUCUCCAACGCGAUGGGGCAGGAGCAGGUGCACUUUUUUGACAGAUACAUCUAUGACCGGCAGGAGAUCGUGCAUUUCGACAGCACCCUGGGCAGGUACGAGGCCGUCACGCCACUGGGGGAGCCCGCGGCCAAUUACUGGAACAGCCAGAAGGAGCUGGUGCACUACAAGAGGAGUGAGGUGGAUCGCUUCUGUCGACACAACUUCCAGAUCCUGGGAACACUUGCCCAUGCUCGGCGUGUCCAGCCCACGGUCACCAUCUCCCCCACCAAGGACGACCCCCUCUCCCCCCACACCCUGCUGCUCUGCACUGCGGCCAGCUUCUACCCCCAGGAGAUCGAGAUCCGCUGGCUGAAGAACGGGCGACGGGCGACGGAGGGGGUCUUCUACGGGGAGGAGCUGCACAAUGGGGACUGGACGUACCAGACCCAGGUGAUGCUGGAGGACACCCCCCAGCGGGGAGACAUCUAUGCCUGCCAGGUGGAGCACUCCAGCCUGGAGACACUCCUCACCGUGCAGUGGGAGCCACGGACAUCAGAGUCUGCCAGGAGGAAAGUGUGGAUGGGGAUCGUGGGGGCCCUGCUGGGCCUGGUCUUCGUGACUGUGGGGCUCACCUGCUACCUGAGGAGCAAGAAAGCUCUCUCUCUAGCAUCUCCUGUCCAGCAACCUGAAGGUCCGGCCCCUCCCCACCUUCUCCCCAGUUGCUUGUCCCCAGUUCUGCUCUGCCUUUCUGAAGAGUCUUAA